AUGUCAAUUAUAAGCUUGAUCAAGAAGACAGAGGCUGUAUCAGUAUCUCAAGAUCUUGGACAAGAUGCUGAUCGGGUAGAUGAGAAACCAAAAAUGACAAUUAAUAAUCCACCUAGGAACAAGUAUAGAGUCGCUGCUCUUUGCGUAUAUGUUUUCUCUUGUGGUUAUACCGAUGCAGCCCCUGGGGCCCUUUUGCCAUUUAUCGAGAAGUACUAUAAUAUCAAUUAUACUCUCGUUUCAUUAGUUUGGAUGUCAAAUGCAGUAGGAUUCUUAAUAGUCGCUGCUCUGGCAAGUAAAAUCCAGCCGCUACUUGGAAAGCAAUAUUCUUUCAUGUUUGGUAUAUUCUUAAGUGCCAUACACUUUAGUAUUGUAUCUGCCGGUUCCCAUUUUGCUUUAACUGUUGCUGCAUUUGCUUUUGGUGGUGCUGGUCUUGCAAUGUGUUUGGCACAGACAAACGUUUUUCUUGCAAAUUUAGAGAAACUGACGUUGUAUUUAUCUUACACACAUGGAGCAUAUGGAUUGGGUGCAACUAUAUCGCCAUUAUUGGGAACUCUUAUUGCAUCUCAUGGGAUUCCAUGGCAUUUUGUCUAUUUGAUAAAUUUAGGUCAAAUGGUAAUUAGCUUUGUUUUAGUGGGGCUGGCCUUUCAAGGUUCUGAAAAGGAUCUUAAGCAAUUUGAAGCUGAUUCAAUGGAGGACGAGGUUUCUGAUCGUUCUCCUAGUUCUAAAUCAACAAUGAGAGAAGCAGUCACUAAUAGGAUUACUUGGAUUUUUGCUUUUUUGAUUUUAUUCUAUCAAGGUUCGGAAGUUUCAAUCUCUGGUUGGUGUGUUACAUACUUGAUUGAUUAUAAAGGCGGUGAUAUCAAUUCUAUUGGGUACGUGGCUCUGGCUUUUUGGGCUGGUCUUACUUUUGGGAGAUUAUUCUUGACCCAUCCAUCGGCAAAAUAUUUCGGUGUGAGAAGAAGCCUUCUAGUAAUGUGUUUCAUUACUAUCGUCGUGGUUGUUUUAGCUUGGGCUCUUCCAACUACUAUAGCUGCAAGUACUUUUGUCGCCUUGGCAGGGAUAUGGAUAGGCCCUCUUUACUCUUAUGUAGUUGGAACUUCGGUUAAACCAGGAAUGUUACCUAGAAAAAUUCAGUAUACUAGUUUAACAAUCAUUACAGCUUUCGGUUCUGCUGGUGGGGCCAUCUUUCCUUUUAUCAUUGGUCUCUUGUCUGAGCCUGCUGGUUCAUUUGUUGUUUUCCCUGUUUUCCUUGUCUUGUAUUCAAGUAUUUUUGUUCUUUGGGCAGCUCUUCCUAAUAUUGAAAGAAAUACUGGAGGUAAACCUAUGACAUUAUGGCAGCGUUUGUGGUAG